ACCACAACACCGUGUGCGGCGCCUGCCCGGCCGGCACCUUCAGCCAGGAGGCGGCCGAGGGCGGCGCCCGCGAGUGCGUGCGCUGCUCGACGUGCCGGACCGACCAGGUCAACAUACAGAACUGCACCAGCGGACAGGACACCAUCUGCAUGGACGAGUCGUUCCACCGGCUGAGUGAGGGCGGCGGCGGCGGCAGCGGCGUGACGCACCUGUCGACCGGCGCCGCGGGCAGCCCUUGGCCGGCCGACCACGUCUCCUCCGACAUCCCCAUCUACUGCGGCAUCCUGGGCACCGUCAUCUUCGUGCUGCUGCUGUACGUGGCCGUGCGCCACUGGAAGCUGCGCACGGCGCCGCAGAAGUCGAGCGCGCCGGCGGCGCCGUCCGCCGUGGUGGUGACGCGGCCGGCCAGCCGCGCCGAGCCGGCCGCCUGCCCCCAGGUGGAGCCGCUCUUCCCCGCACCGCUCAGGAAGAGGUUAGCUGAGAUGCCGGCGACGGAGCGCUGCGAGAUCGAGACCCAGCUCUGCUGCCACCCCACCAACAACUGGUCGGCGCUGGCCGCCGCGCUCGGGUACUCGAAGCAGCAGGUGCGGCAGAUCCAGGAGCUGGCAGCUGAGAGGAAAACAAAUCCAGCGCGCAUGCUCAUUGCGGACUGGUCGAAGCGCAAUGACGCUACAGUGACGUCAUUCGUGCAGGCGCUGACCGCAAUUGGCCGACGGGACUUGGUGGGCUUGGUAUUGCUCAAGCCUGUGAGGCUCACAGUGGCCAACGUGGACAACUUUGUGUGAUCGUGGACCGCGGGUACCACUGUUGCUGUAUGAUCUCGUGUAUGUUGUUUUCCCGGGUCACCAGGUGAGAAUGAGUGAUCCGGUAGGAUAUGAAGCGUUAUCAGAAGCAUAAAUCAUGUUGCUUGUUAAAAUGCACGCUGAAAUUGUCCUAUUUCCGUCGAUGUGGCACGAACGCGCGAGUGUACGGCAGCUCGCGCCGGCACCUGUAGUCAUCGACGCCUGCAAGCUCAUCCUAAGAUACCCGUUACACAUGUUAUGCAGUUAUGUAUCAUAAACAUGCAAACACAAUGGCCAGGGCCGGACGACUUUCAUCAUUGGUAUUCAUUACACCAGUUCAUCUCGUACGCUGGUAGCAGCCUGUCGUGUUUGUCCGUCGUGAGUCAACUAGCCAUUUACCCUCUGAAUACCUGUCCUCUCUUGGUCAACUGUUAUGGGCGAAGCGUUGGCUGCUGCAGCGCGUCUUCCUCCAGUCAGCAGUCCGUCAUGUGCAUGCAUCUUAUUCCGACUAGAACGGCCAAAGAUUAGUGAGUAAGACAACCCGAUGCGACCUGUCACCCGCGCGCCCCAUGAUUGGUUGUCCCUGUUUGUCCUCUGACGCCAUCCGAGUUCUGAACCUGCUGUGAUAGGUCUGAGGCAUCUAGCAUGCCCACGUGACGCCCAUGUGCCUCGUAUGCCUGGCUGGGGCGUGGGCCCUCGGCGCUGUACAUACGUGGCGUGUGUCCGCGCUUGACUGUUAUACAUAUGCUGUGCUCAAAUAUUUACCUGCCACAAGCAAUGUGUAAUAUACGCCAUGGCGUCGUA